AUGUCCCUGUUCGGCUCCGCAGCGGCGAGCGCCGCGGCGUCGACCACGGUGGGCGACUUGAAGCAGGACGUCGCGCUCGACAAUCCUCCGACCGACAGCAUCUCGGACCUCGUCUUUUCGCCGGCCGCCAACGGACCCGACUUCCUCGCAAUCUCCAGCUGGGACAACAAGGUCCGCAUCUACGAAAUCGCCCAGAAUGGGCAGAGCCAGGGUCGUCACGCGUUUGAGCACAGCCAGCCUGUUUUGGGGUGUGAUUUCUCAAAGGAUGGAACAAAAGUAGCCUCCGCCGGUGCAGACAAAAACGUCAAGGUCUGCGACCUGGCGUCCCAGCAAGACAUUGUCAUCGGAACACACGACCAGGCCGUACGCAGCGUGCGCUUCUUCGACAGCGGCAGCGGCACCAUGGUGGUGACGGGCUCGUGGGACAAGACGGUCAAGUACUGGGAUCUCCGCCAGCAAGGGCCUGCCGCCACCCUGGCAUGCCAGGAGCGUGUCUACACCAUGGAUGUGCAGCAGAACCUGCUCGUCGUCGGCACCGCCGACCGGUACAUCAACGUCGUCGACCUCAAAAACCCCACGAAGUUCUACAAGACACUGCAGAGCCCCCUUAAGUGGCAGACUAGAGUCGUCAGCUGUUUCCCUGACUCGACGGGCUUCGCGAUCGGUAGCAUCGAGGGCCGUUGCGCUAUUCAGUAUGUGGAGGAGAAGGACUCUUCAUCCAACUUUUCAUUCAAGUGCCACCGUGACCCGGCCGUCAACAACGUGGUCAACGUGCACGCCGUCAACGACAUUUCCUUCCACCCGGUCCACGGCACCUUUAGCACCGCGGGAUCGGACGGCACGUUCCACUUCUGGGACAAGGAUGCCAAGCACCGUCUCAAGGGCUACCCCAACGUGGGCGGCAGCAUCACGGCCACGACGUUCAACAAGACUGGAAGCAUCUUUGCCUACGCCAUUAGCUACGACUGGAGCAAGGGCUUCCAGCACAACACGCAAAACUACCCCAUCAAGGUCAUGCUCCAUCCCGUAAACAACGACGAGUGCAAGCCUAGGCCAUCAGCCAAGAAGAGGUAA